AUGGCGAACUCACGGAAACCUCCGCCUUCGACUCUGCCGCCGUGUCAGCCGGCCACGCUCGAGCCUUGUGCCCAGCAGGAGGUCAGGACCAGCAGCGCAUGCGUCAUCACAACUGCUCUCAGAGUACCUUGCAUCGAGCAGGCGACACCCUCGACAACGACAACAACGACCACGAAACAGCCCCCGACCACAACCACCACCACUACGACAGUAGCGCCCAUUACCUCGACGGCCGCUCCCAGGACUGACUGCUCGAACGGUGACAUUUACCCCUAUAGUGUGGGCAGCUGCAACCAGUUCCUGAUGUGCCGCAACAGAGUGUACAUCCUGAUGGUCUGCCCGUCGGGACUCGGCUUCAACUUCCAGAGCAAGAGCUGCGAGCGCUCCGACAUCGUGCCCGCUUGCAGUGCACGCAGCUAA